CGGGGGGCCCUGCGGGGAAGGGCGGGCGGACGGACGGGCCAUGGCCGGGGCGGCUCCGCCGGGCCCGCUGGAGCUGCUGCUGCACAAAGCCACGGACCCCAGUAAGACCGAUACAGACUGGGAGUGCAUCCAGAGGUUUUGCGACCAGGUCAACACAGACGCGGAAGGGCCCGCCGUUGCCCUCAGGCUGUUGGAACACAAGAUCCAGUCCCCCCAGGAGGCGGAGGCCCUGCAGGCCCUGACGGUCCUGGAGAUGUGCGUCAAUAACUGCGGGGAGAAUUUCCACAGCGAAAUGGGGAAGUUCCGGUUUCUCAACGGCCUCAUCAAAGUCCUCUCCCCCAAGUACCUCGGCGAGUGGUCGGCGGAGAGCGUCAAGUCUCGGAUCAUCCAGAACCUCUUCAGCUGGACGGUGUGGUUUCCCCAGGAAGUGAAAAUCCGCGACGCUUAUCAGAUGCUGAAGAAACGAGGAAUUGUGAGGCAGGACCCCAAACUCCUGGAAGACAGAAUUGUGCCACCCCCUCCGAGACCGGCAGGCUCCAUUUUUGAUGCUGAGGAUGAGAAAUCCCAGAUGCUGGUGAGGCUCCUCCAGAGCAAGGACCCGGAAGACCUGCGGGCUGCGAACCGGCUGAUCAAGGGGCUGAUCAAAGAGGAGCAGGAAAAAACAGCCAAGGUGACCCGGCGGAUGAAUGCCGUCAAGGAGGCCCAAAGCCACGCUGAGGCCUUGGAGGAGAGGCUGAGCCGCUGCCCUGCGCGAGGCGGGGGGAUCGUGGCCCAGCCUGAGCCGCAAGAGCUGCAGGACCUGCAGGCCAAGUGUGAGAAGCUGAAGCCCCUGAUGUUCCGGGUGGCCAGUGAGACCCUGGAGGAUGAGGCGGCUUUGGCUGAGAUACUUCAGGCCAACGACCGCCUCACCCGGGCACUGGGCCUGUACAAGCAGGUGGUGGGCACCUGCCAGAACCCUGCAGCUGGGGCUGUCGAUGCCCCAGCAGCCCCCCAGCCCCCUCCAGACAGUGCCGGGACCCCCUCGCUCAUCGACUUCUCCGAGCUGGACUCUGCCUUCGGCACUCCCGGGUCCUUCCAAGGAAAGGCCAAGAGCAAGCCUUCUUCCUCCUCCUCCUCCUCCACUCACUCCCUGGAUGAAGAGCUGGUAUCCUUAGGUCUUCCCAACAGCCCUGCGAGGGAGGCUGCCUUCUCCUGUGGGCUCCCGCAAGUGACCCCUCCGUCACCCUCCUGCCCAGCAAACCUCCUAGCUAAUCUUUUCAUCCCUCUGGAAUCUGUCGUGCUGAGCCCGAUUCCCCCGGUCACCGUCUACGAGCGGAACGGCCUUAAGGCCCUGCUGCACUUCGCCAGGGACCCGGUGCCCGGCCAGCUGGCUGCCCGCGUGAUGGUCCUCUCUCUCCUGAGCACGUCUCCUCAGCCGACCCAGCAGGUGGUGUUUCAGGCCGCGGUGCCAAAGUCCAUGUCCAUCAAGCUGCAACCAGCCACAGGCUCCGCCCUGCAGGCCUUCAACCCACUCCUGCCCCCGGCGGUCAUUUCCCAAGUCCUGCUGGUGGCCAACCCUCUCCAGGCUCCCCUGCGACUGAAGUACCGGCUGCUCUACACCCAGGGCCGGCAGCCCCACUGCGAAGAGGGGGAGGUGACCGAUUUCCCCCACGCGGAGCUCUGGGGAGGGAGCUGAAGACAGUGGAAGGAGGGGGGGGAACGGAGCUUGCCCUCAGAUUUCUGGGAGGGGCUGAGGAUUUACUCGGCAUCCUCUUUCUGUGAACCAAUCAGCACCUUUUUGAUAAAAAUGUUCAGACUUUAUGGAUCGC